CAUGAAGAUAAAUGGAGUAGAAUAUUGCAAAGAAACGUGCGUUGCUAUUAUAUCUACUGGCAUAUCUUUGAUACUGGGAUCGAAUGAAACGGUGGAAACGAUUAAUUCUAGACUUGGGGCCGAGCCGGUUGGGGAUGAUGAGUAUGGAUUAAACUGUAAUGAUAUUAACCUGCUCCCUCCUAUUGAGUUUGUCUUCAAGAAGAGGAGCUAUGUACUUGAGGCGAAGAACUAUGUGCUUAAGGAAGUCAACUGGUUGAAUACAAAGUGUACAUCACCAUUCGCUAGUAA